AUUCCUCUUCCUCUUCACUCGAUUGGUUUCCCCUUUUUUGCUUCCUCACAUGUUCCGUGUUCGGGGGAUUAAAAACAUGGCAGCGCCUUCGAGUGAGGUCCAGGUUGUUCCUGUCAAAAAGCCCACAGUCCGAGGACCACGGCGGGUAGCCAAUCAGAUUCCGGAUGAAAUCCUGCAAGACUCCGAGUUACAGGAGGCGAUCAAAGCCCUGCCUGCAAACUACAACUUCGAGAUCCACAAGACAGUUUGGCGAGUGAGACAAGUCAAAGCACAGAGAGUGGCUUUGCAGCUUCCAGAGGGCCUGCAGAUGUUUGCCUGUGUCAUCGCUGACAUAAUUGAGAGGUUCACGGAGGCAGAUACCAUCGUGAUGGGAGACGUGACAUACGGGGCGUGCUGCGUGGACGACUUCACCGCCCGAGCCCUGGGAGCUGAUUUCAUGGUGCACUAUGGACACAGUUGUCUCAUCCCCAUAGACUCCACAGCAGGUAUUAAGAUGCUGUAUGUGUUUGUUGAUAUCCAGAUGGACAAUGCACACUUCCUGGACACGGUCAAGUUCAACUUCCCUGCUGGACAAUCUCUGGCACUCGUUAGCACUAUUCAGUUUGUGGCAGCACUGCAGGCUGUGAGUGCAGCCCUCAAGUCAGAGUAUGACAUCCUGGUCCCACAAUGUCGACCUCUUUCACCAGGAGAAAUUUUGGGCUGUACCUCCCCUCGCUUGGACCGUCAUGUCAAUGCCAUAAUUUAUCUGGGAGAUGGGAGAUUUCACCUGGAGUCAAUCAUGAUUGCAAACCCAGAUGUCCCUGCCUACAGGUAUGACCCCUACAGUAAGGUUUUUUCAAGGGAGUACUAUGACCACGAGGCCAUGCGUGCCUUAAGGCUUCAGGCUAUCGACAAGGCUCGUUUGGCCCAGAGAUGGGGCCUGAUCUUGGGUACACUGGGCCGACAGGGCAGUCCCAAAGUCCUGGAGCACCUGGAAUCCAGGCUCCAGUCAUUGGGAAAGUGCUUCACUCGAGUUCUCUUGUCUGAGAUUUUCCCCAGCAAGCUGGAUCUGAUGUCAGAUGUAGAUGCGUGGGUCCAGAUCGCUUGUCCACGCCUUUCUAUCGAUUGGGGCACAGCCUUCUCUAAACCCCUGCUGUCUCCAUAUGAGGCAGCUGUGGCUUUACAGGAAGUAGGCUGGAAGGACGUCUACCCCAUGGACUUCUACUCCAAUCAGAGCCUUGGGCCGUGGGCGCCCAACCAUCCUGACAACCAACCUGCGCGGCCCACUCGUAGACAGGCCCAGAAACAAGGCUCGGAGUCAGCUCUUCCCACCAACAAGCAGUGUGGGCAGACCGAGUGCGCCCCCUGUGGCUGCCAAGCGGAAUGAUACAUCAUGACCAGCGCUGCCUUUGACUCAUCACAUGCCUGCAAUUGCCUCUGCUGCUGCUGACGACUGGAGGGAGGUCACACCAGAAGAGUGCAUUGGGUAUUUGUCCAGACUGUCUGUCAGCGAGCAGAAAGCCAGAGGAGCCCUCCGCCCCUCCUCAAAUGGAUUACCAGCCAUUAAUAAUCCCUCAUCUUACAGCACAGCAGAUCCAACCAAAUUCAUUGCCCUCAUUCACAUGUUUGGCUUGUAUUCCGAGCCCAGAAGACAUGCAACAGACAGAAUAGCUCUUGUGUUUGGGCUCAAACAUGUUCACGAGUCGAAUUGCUGUGAAGCUCUGCUCUCAGCUGCGCUAAGGAAGGAAUUCUUCCUGCACAUGGGAAAUGUGUGGGCCUCUCUGUAAUUCACAGACAGAAAGCAUGAGUUGACCUUGAACACGUUGUAUGGAAUUAAAGUGUCUGUUAAUGUGGAUGGCUUCAGUCCAACGCAGUCCACUUUCCUUUGGAUAAAGCACUGUACCUUGUCACUGUGCGCCGGUUUAAAGACGGACACAGACAUAUUGUAUGAAGGACUUUGUCCGAUGUACAAUGUGACUCUUGAGACUUUUCUCAAGAGCACUGAAAUGUGCGUUAUGGAAUUGUGAUAUAUUAUGACACGACCUUGUUUGUCUUGCUCGCUUUUUCGAUUCAAACGCGGAAACAAUAAAUCGGACACGAAGACCCUGC